AAUACUUUUCUUUACCAGUUUCCACAGGUUGUAGGACUUGGCUGUCCUCUCUUCUGUAUGAUAUCGAAUUGUCUUCAUAAGAGCACAGCUCUUGGCUGGGGACCAUCCUUGUUGGCUUCCAGGUGAGAAAAUUGAAGUUCAAGAGGUAUUUACUUGUGUGCUCAGACUUGUAAGAUUCUUUGAACCUGGCACAAAUUUUGAUUGAUGAAUCAUUCUUGUAAAUCAUGAAAAAAAGAUCAGUUACUAAAAGUUUAAUUGAUUGGCUCAUAACUCAUGAAGAAUCAUAACCUAUCAAGGAGGAACCAUUUAAUUCUACAGUUGAUGGAGCAAACACCAUUUUUACAGCCUUUUGAAUGCAAUUGUUAUUUUAGCUUGUUGUGAAUAGCUCUGUCAGUUUUAGAUUCUUAGCAGUUUUCCAAUGGACUCUCUUGUUGCAGCAAAUACCAAAUUUUGCUUUGACAUUUUCCAAGAGAUAAGCAAAAGUGAUGGUCAUAAAAAUAUCUUUUUCUGUCCUCUGAGCCUCUCGGCUGCCCUUGGUAUGGUCCGCCUCGGGGCUAGAAGUGACAGUGCACGUCAGAUUGAUGAGGUACUACACUUCAAUGAAAUUUCCCAGGAUGAGGGCAAAGAUGUCAAUCCCUGUCUGAAAAGUAAAAAAGAAGUGCCGCCUGACAGCUCUCCGGAGGGGCAGAAAGGGACGGCAGGAUCAGUGGGUCCAGAGACUGAGUCUUCCAAGGAAGAGAAUGAACUACUCGGCUGCUAUUUCGGCAAGCUUCUCUCCAAAAUAGACAGAAUCAAACCUGAUUACACCAUGAGUAUGGCCAACCGGCUUUAUGGAGAGCAGGAAUUCCCAAUCCGCCCAGAAUAUGUAGAUGGUGUGAUUGAAUUUUACCACACAACAAUCGAAAGUGCUGAUUUUCGGAAAGACCCUGAGAACUCCAGACAAAUGGUUAACUUCUGGGUUGAAUCUCAAUGCCAAGGUAAAAUCAAGGAACUCUUCAGCAAGGGCAUGAUUAAUGACGCGACAGUGCUGGUGCUGGUGAAUGCUGUUUACUUCAAGGCCAAAUGGGAAAGACGCUUUGAUUAUAAAGACACAGUCGAUGCACUUUUCUUUAUAAAUGAGAAUGAAAAGAAGAAUGUGAAGAUGAUGAAGCAGAAGGGUUUGUUUAGACUUGGCUUCAUAGAGGAGCUGAAAGUGCAGAUUCUGGAAAUAAGGUACACCAAAGGGGAGCUCAGCAUGUUUGUCCUGCUGCCUUCUUCCUCUGAAGACAACCUGAAGGGCCUGCAAGAGCUUGAAAGGAAAAUCACCUACGAAACCAUAGCAGCCUGGUGCAGCGCAGAAAACAUGUCAGAAGAGAAAGUAGAUGUCUCCUUCCCCCAGUUCACCCUGGAAGACACCUAUGAUCUCAAUAGCAUUCUCCAAGACCUGGGCGUUACAGAUAUCUUUGAUGAAAGCAAGGCUGAUCUUACUGGAAUCUCUCUAAGUCCCAAUUUAUAUUUAUCCAAGGUGGUCCACAAAGCCUUUGUGGAGGUGGAUGAAAAUGGCACGGAGGCAGCCGCAGCCAGCGGUUCUGUGGGCAUGGAGAUGUCAGUGCCAUCUUGGGUGGAAUUUAAUGCCAACCACCCUUUCCUCUUUUUCAUCAGACACAACAAAAGCCAAAGCAUUCUCUUCUAUGGCCGGGUCUGCUCUCCUUGAAAAGGAUGCUCUGUCUCCUACUGGAGAGCUGGAGGAAGAUUGCCAUACAGUCUUCCUGCAGUAUUACACAGGCUCUUGCAUUUUGGCUAAAAUCUAAAUCUGACCUCCCUCCAUUAGGGCUGUACAUUGCCUUCCUCCAGCUGUCAACUGGUGUGCUUGUCCUAUCUCUCACACCCCGGAGUUGAUCUUCAUGUAAGUCUUAGUACUGAGGGCCUUUGCUCCCUCCCUAACUUUCCACCCUAAACAUUUAAGCAAACAGAUUCACCCUCUGAGACCUGAAGGUCAACACAAUUCACAGUGGUCUUGAUUUUAUUAUCUACCUCCUUAGGCAGGAAUCCUGAGUUCAAGUUUCUAGACUACUUCUAAGAGAUGGGACACUCAGAUGCCAUCUUGUCAGGGGUGGUCAGAGAGAGUGUUUGGCUGCAAUGUGUUUUGGAAACUCAGCUGUCUCUAGGGCAGUUGUAAUUGUGAUCUUCACUUGGCAAGAUGCUCUGCUUUUGCUUCCUGUGUCUUCCACUGUUGUGUGAGGUCUUUUCACUUGUGAGGAGGUAGGGCUUGGUACAUUUCCAACCACAAUUUGUUUUGCACAGAGCAGGAUAUGAUACUUUGAAUUUGACACUGAACCCAUGGGAAGUUGAUUUAGAUGAGAUUGGUCUUAGUUUUCCAUAUUUAGUCCUGUAGGGAAUCAAUAAACACUUCCUCCACCUCUUCACCAUUUUCUUUAGAGAACUCCCCUUGGGAGCUAGUUACUCCUAAGUAGCCAACAAGAUGACAGAAGGGCCUAUUGCCCUUGUGGACAGCAGAUUUCCCAAGACCGCCUCUCUGCACUCUGGCCACAUGAAACUAUUCCCCCUGCCAGAGGGCUCAUGCCUGGAUGCCUGUACCAGGGCACAAUGUACAUGGAAACCAUUGUCUAGGGGCUGCCAGCUUCCUGUGCAGAUUGGCUCUGCUGAAAGCCUGGCACAUGUGUUCAGACUCCUGGACCCAGGCCCUUUGUUCUCUGAUAAGACCACCUGUGUUUUUGCCCUCUGCCUUAGCUGAACACCUGGGAAUGACCAGUGACACGUGUAACUCAGGGAACAAGUCAGUCUCCUUUUGUCAGGGUAAAUUCCUGUUCUUGGUUGUGACCCAGUUUCCCUGCCCUGCCUUGUGACUGUCCUCCACCUAGCUGCCCUUGCCUUGGCCUGGAGUGGCAGUAGCAGUCUGCAGGAAAGGGCAGGUCAACUAUCUGCUCCAACGCUGGCCUCCUCCCUCAGGCCUCUCCUGUGCUGUGAUUUCUUUGUGAUGUGAGGGACACAUUCCCUGUUCUUCACCCAGACUUGUCAGUGUCAAAACUUACUUAGGAUAUAAAACAAUUCGUUAUUGGUAAUAUGAGGCCGUUUGAGACAGUCUAUUCCCCAGAAUGCAUGUUUUAUGGGUCAAAUUUCUCUCAGGUAAUCAAAAGUUUAGUCUCCUCUAUGGUUCCUUUUGAGGUUAAUGUUUUGAGGGUUGAUUCCAUGCCUGACUUGGUGUCACUGCGACACUGAUCCAGUGACAGGAAGCCCAUUAGACACUGAGAUUUAUACAUAGGGCUGGCAUUGUCUGAUGUUUCUUGUGUUGUUAUUCUUUUACUUGGUGAACAUGUUUUUCUGAUUUAUCUUGAGAGUUCUCAGAAUUUGAAGCAUGUGGGGUAAAUGUUAUCUAUUUACAACAGUGAGAAAGAAUAAGAUUCUUUAAUGUUUCUGUUAACAUGUAGAUUUAUUCUUUACUGUCCUUUGAUUGAUUAGAAUAGUUUUUCUUAGUGAAUAAAUCCCUUUUUUGUUGCUAGUUACAAUACAUACAAUGUGGAGCCGGCACUGUGGAGUAGACAGUACUGUGUCAGCAUCAUCCCAUAUGGGUGCUGGUUUAAGUUCCUGCUGCUCCACUUCUGAUCUAGCUCCCUGCUAGUGUACCCGGGAGGGCAAUGAAGAAUGGUCCAAGUGCUUGGGCCCCUGCACCCAUGUAGGAAACCCGAAGGAAGCCCCUGGCUCUUGGCUUUGGCUUGGCUCAACCCUGGCCAUUUAGAGAGUGAACCUAUCUUUCUCUCCUUCUCUGUAUUUCUGAUGUCAAAUAAAUAAAAAUAAAAUCUUAAAAACUA